AUGGCCGGCAAUUGCGCCUGCGCUUUGGUGCUUUGUGUGCAUGAUGGUGUGCGAGCAGGUGGAGCACACAUGGCCGCUGGAGCAACUCUACUCGCACUUCAACACCGACCCUGCCUAGGGACUAUCGGAGGGUACGUGAUGCCGUGGUGGGUGCGGUACCUGCUGCAGUUCACCAACUUCUUCUCCCUGCUCCUCAUUGUCGCCGCCGCGCUCUGCUUCCUGGCCUACGGCAUUGACCCCGCCCAUGACAAGGAGAACCUGUACCUGGGCAUAGUGCUGGUGGUGGUGGUGGUGGUGACGGCGUCCUGCACGUACUGGCAGGAGGCGCGCUCGGAGCACAUCAUGGACUCCUUCCGCCGCCUCAUCCCCGCCACCUCCCGCGUCCUGCGCAACGGCCGCGUGCAGGUGGUGGAUGCAUGUGAGUUGGUACCAGGAGACGUGGUGGAGCUGAGCGAUGGUGACAAGGUCCCAGCCGACAUUCGCCUCAUACAGGCCACCGACCUCACUGUGGACAACAGUGCGCUGACGGGCGAGUCAGCGGCGGUGGAGCGCGGGGCGGAGCUGGCAGUGGAUGCACAGGGCAGGCCCGUGACGGAGCCCCUGGAGGCAGCGAACCUGGUGUUCUACGCCACCAUCGUGGCCAGCGGGCACGGCAGGGGCGUCGUCAUUGGCACGGGGGAUAACACUGCCAUGGGGCAGAUCGCAGGUCUGUCGGUGCUGACGCCCCCAGGGGACACGCCGCUAGCGGUGGAGUUGAAGCAGUUCGUGGGCAUGAUCAGCCUGAUGGCCGUGGUCAUGGGCCUUGUGUUCUUCGGCAUCGCGCUGCUGCUGGGCGACCCCUUCCUGCAGACCGUGGUGUUCGGCAUCGGCAUUAUCGUUGCUAAUGUGCCCGAGGGACUCAUGGCUGCUGUCACGGUGUCCCUGGCCCUGACAGCGAAGCGCAUGCAUGUGCGCAGUGUUCUGGUGAAGAACCUGCAGGCCGUGGAGACCCUUGGCUCCUGCACUGUCAUCGCCUCUGAUAAGACCGGCACCCUCACCCAGAACCGCAUGACCGUCCAGCACUGCUGGUACGACCUGCGGGUGUUUGAUUGUCCCGUGGUGCGCAACCGGGUGGAGUGGGAGGAGGUGAUGCGAGGCCCGGCAGCAGCGACAGCGUACGAGCCGCAGUCACCCACCUUCCAGAAGCUGCAGCUCGUCAUCUCGCUCUGCAGCAACGCCGUCUUCCUCACAGAGGGUCUGGUGAUGGGCAUAGAGAUGCGGCGGCGCGAAUUCGACCUGCAUGCGGCGCCGUGUGCAGGGGAUGCGUCGGAGCAGGGGCUGCUGCGCUUUGUGGAGCCGCUGCGGCCCGCCAAGGAGCUGAGGGACCUGUAUGCCAAGCUCUUCGAGAUCAAGUUCUCCUCCGCCAACAAGUGGCAGCUCUCCAUCCACGUGCAGUCGGCGCAGAACCGGUUACCGCCAGUGCUGGUGAUGAAGGGCGCGCCAGAGACGGUGCUGGAGCGGUGCUCGUACAUCAUGGUGAACGGGCAGGUGUACGACCUCACCAGCGACAGCCGCAAGCACUUCCAGGAGGCGUACCAGCAGAUGGGCGGCUUUGGGGAGCGCGUGCUCGGCAUGGCCUUCCGGGACCUCGAAGGGUUCACCAACGAGUUUGCGUUCACAAGCAAGCCACAGCCCAACUUCCCGACGGGCGGGCUGACGUUCGUGGGCAUGGUGAGCCUGAUGGACCCGCCGCGCGCAGGCGUGCCUGAGGCCGUGGCGCAGUGCCGGCGCGCUGCUGUGAAGGUCAUCAUGGUCACGGGCGACCACCCCAUCACCGCCACCGCCAUCGCCACCAAGUGCCACCCUGGGUGCCCCGUGGCGCACGGGCAGGUGGGCAUAUUGGAGAGCAGCAAGGUGGAGGCGGGCAGUGCGGCGGUGGUGACGGGCGAUGACAUCAGGGCGUGGAGUGCACUCACCCCCACGGAGGAGAUUCUCAAAUGGGACGAGGCGCUCUCGCACGACCAGGUAAUCUUUGCGCGGGUGUCCCCAUCGCACAAGCUGCUGCUGGUGGAGCACUGCCAGCGGCGGGGGGAGAUAGUGGCAGUCACGGGGGACGGGGUCAACGACGCCCCUGCGCUUAAGAAGGCAGACAUCGGCAUCGCCAUGGGCAUUGCCGGCAAGGACGUGUCCAAGGAAGCAGCGGACAUGAUCCUGAUGGACGACAACUUUGCGUCCAUAGUGAGUGGCGUGGAGGAGGGCCGGCUCAUCUUUGACAACCUGAAGAAGACCAUCUGCUACGCGCUCACCGUCAACGUGCCGCAGCUCGUGCCUUACCUUGUGAAUGUGCUGCUCGGCGUGCCCCUUGCGCUCUCCACCGUGCUCAUGCUCGCCAUCUGCCUUGGCACCGACAUGCUGCCCGCCAUCUCCCUCGCUUACGAGGAGAAGGAGUCGGACAUCAUGGACCGGCCGCCACGCAACCCAAAGAGGGACCGGCUGGUGAGCUGGCGGCUGAUCAGCCACGCGUAUCUGCUCAUCGGCGCCGUGCAGACGCUCGCUGGCUUCCUCGCCUACCUCGCUGUCUUCAACGACUAUGGCUAUCGCCCCAAUAUGCUACAGCGGAUCGGGUUUGACUUCGCGCAUAGCCCCAUCAUCUGCACGUUCAACAGUGCGCAAGAGCCCUACGACUGCGGGUACGGCUGCGGCCCUCCCAACUACUCCCUCGCCAUGCCCGACACCUCCUCGCCGCCCGCGGCACAGCCCUACUGCUACCAGGGCUGCCCCAUCCCCAACAGCAACGUGACGCCAGUGGUGGUGGAUCCGUGGAGUGAGAUGGGCGCGGCGGGGUUCAAGGGCCAGCAGUUCUGUGCGCUCACCUGCAACACGUCGCCUUCUGCCUUUCCGGGCGGUGUACUGCCGUCGCAGUGCUCCAGCCCGUCGCUCUCCUCCAAUGUGGGGUUCCCAGGGCGGCAGCAGCUGGGAAAGCCGCUGGGGCCGUACAACGGGUGGUACUGGUGGGCAGGGCGAAAGCAAUUGCAGCCCAACACGCAGUACCAGGUGGAGGUGUUGCGCUAUGCCCAGUCCGCCUACUUUGUCGCUGUCAUCGUCACCCAGUGGGCCAACCUGCUUGUCUGCAAGACCCGCCGCCUCUCGCUCUUCCAGCAGGGCAUGCGCAACCACGUGCUGACCUUCUCGCUGUUCUUUGAGACGCUGGUGGCAGCAGCGCUGCUGUACUGGCCGUUCCUGCAGGAGGUGUUUGACACGCGGCCCCUCAAUGUGCUCUACUGGUUCAUCGGCGUGCCCUUUGCCCUCACCAUCCUCGCCAUUGGAGAGCUCCGCAAAUGGCUCAUUCGCAAGUUCCCAGGAGGAUGGAUGGACAGAUGGACCAAUUGGUAA